UGAAAGCUAUUAUUUCAUGGGUAAUUUUCUAAAAUCAGGCAUAAAAAAUUAUAUUUUUCUUAUUUUUCAUUGAAUAAAUUGGGGGAAGGGACAUAGGAAUGGGUGGCCAUAUUCACGGGCAUUUUUUGGCCCAUUAUUGGUUGGAUUCUGCCUAAUACUCCAAUUAGAAUUAGGUCUAGAACCAGUUUUUAUUUGUUUUUCAGUUUUACACCAUAAGUGCAAAAAAUAGAGGAAAAUAUCUUAGGUACGUAGUUAUUAGAGCUUUGCAAAAUAUAUUAAGGCAUUUUAUUAACAUCUGUCAUUUUGGAAAAAUUGGCAGUAGAUAUUUUUGUUGAAAGAUGUUUUCAUUGAAGAAAAAGAAUGUCCAGAAUGAAGAGAAAGAAGAGACCAGUGAUUCACAUUCGCACAUUGGUGGACCAGAAAGUAAUUCACACCGUGGCAGUGAUGUGGCAGUGAGCAGCUCUGGGGACCAAGAAAGUGAUGCAGCAUCAUUAGCCAGUUCAGCGUGUCCUCCUUCGGAGUCACCCCCACACCCAAACAAAUAUGGCUUCAUUGGAGGCGCUCAAUAUACUAUAGAUGGGGAAGAAAACAUCCCUGUUAAUGUGAUACGAAAGCGUGAGAGCAAAUGGCUUGAGAUGCUCAAUCAUUGGGACAGCUUCAUGAUGAAGAAGUAUGAGAAGGUGCGGGACCGCUGCAGGAAAGGCAUUCCUUCCGCCAUCAGAGCUAGGGCCUGGCAACAUCUCUGUGGAGCUGACAGGGUACUCGAGAACAACGUGGGUGUCUUCCAGCAGCUCGCCAACGCUCCUCUGGACCCGCGCACUGAAGACGAGAUAAGAAAAGAUCUUCACCGACAGUUUCCUCUGCACGAGAUGUUCCUGAGGCGUGGCGGCCAGGGACAGGAGGACCUGUUCACGGUGCUGAAGGUUCACUCGCUGGUGUGCGGCGAUGGCUACUGCCAGGCGCACGCCCCUGUAGCCGCGGUGCUGCUCAUGCAGAUGCCGGCCGAGCACGCCUUCUGGUGCCUCCGCUCCAUCUGUGAUAAAUACGUGCCUGGAUAUUAUUCACACGGUCUCGAAGCCAUUCAGAUGGAUGGACUGAUUCUCUACAAGCUGGUCAAGAAAGUAUCCCCGUCAGUCUACAAAAUUUUGAAGAAGCAGAAAAUCGACCCCGUGCUGUACAUGACCGAGUGGUUCAUGUGCCUCUACUCCCGCACCCUGCCGUGGGCCAGCGUGCUCAGGGUCUGGGACAUGUUCUUCUGUGAGGGAGUGAAGGUAUUGUUCCGCGUGGGUUUGGUGCUACUCAAGUUCGGGCUGCGUCCUGAGGUGCGGGCGAAAUGCCCCUCCAUGUACGAGACGCUCCAGGCGCUCAGGAAUAUCGCGCCUGGCAUCAUGGCCGAGGACUUCCUCCUCAUGCAGUUGCAGAGACUGGACAUAUCGGAAGAAGAUCUGCAGAAGGAACAUAUCAGGCAAACCAACAAGAAGGAGCUCGAGAAGACACAGCGAGAAAAACAAGCUCAAAAGGCCAAAGACAGAUAGCAUUGAUGUGUUCCAAACUCGUAAGCAGUUCAGCUGAGAAUGGAAAUGGCAGCUCUGAAAAGGCGCGCGUGUGUGUGUGUGUGUGUGUGAAGUUGUCACCUUAUUUGCUCUGCAGCAUUCAAGUCUGAGCUGAGAAGUGAGAUGGCAGCUCUGAAUUGGAGUGUGUGCAGUCGCCUUAUUAGCUCUCCAGCAGUCAGGUCGUUAUCACAUUUAUAAAUUAUAUUGCGUUGUCUACGAUGUAACAAUAAUUAUAAGCUUCUCUUUAUUCCGAGGCAUGCUGUCAGAAAAUUCUGAAUGCCUAUAAUGCGGGAUUUAAGGAAGUUGGUCUCCUUUCAAACUUCCAAAUCUGUAACUAGAAUUUCUCUAUCAAUUAACUCUCUACUACUUUGUUAGUGAUGAUAAAAGAUAUAUUGAUUGUACGUUUAUGGUUAGUUUUUCCGCCAUAUAUUUUAUUUUCUCUUGUGUGAGUGGAUAUUUUACAUAUUUAGGAUAGUUUCUAAUUUUGUACUCGUUGCCUUGUAUGAGUGGAGGAAGCAAUUUAUGCAGCUUAAAUUGGAAUUGGUUUUGACUUGGUGUUCUUUAAAAUAUACAACUAAUAAUUUAUGGAUGUAUGAAAUGAUUAAUAUCUACCAUAAGUAAUUUGGAUUUGAACAAUCCAACUUUUCUCGAAUUUAAAUUCGUGAAGCAGGACUAAAAUAAGUGUAGAAGUUGCUUAGCUUUACUAAGCUCACGGUUUCGGAAGAGAUCUGAUAACAAUCUCAAAAACACGUUUUUUACUGUGUGAUUGUCAUAUCAUAUUUAAUUUAAUACGCGUGUGUACUUUGAGUAUUUAGUAAUGCAAACGUUUGUAUUAUCUGUUUCUAACCAAAGUAUAAUAAUUUAUGUAAGCCUGUGUCGCCUACACACCGGUCGCAGCUAAAUAAUUUGCAGGAUUAUUACUGUAUUCUAA